GCUUUCAAAAUGUCGGUCGACGAGCGCGCAGGCUGGACGCCUCCAGCUGCCAACGUCACCACACCUACAUCUCUCAUCUUUUCCGAAAACAAAGGCAUGGUUUCGCUGGAAUCUAUCAGAACAUCAAAUCUCGAGGCCAGUAAUUUGGAGAACUUGGUAGCUGUGUUUGUUGGAGGUACAAAUGGUGUCGCCGAGAGCACAGUCAAGGAGUUGUUCAUGCGGACGACGACACCGCGAGCAUACAUUAUUGGCAGGCGAGUUCAGCCAUACUUUUUGGACAAAGCAAACAGUCUAUGCAAAGAGCUCAAAGACUUGAAUCCUGGAUCGGAAGCCAUCUUCAUCAAGAAGGAUAUAAGCACACUAAGAAAUGUCGACGAGGUUUGCCUGGAGCUGCAACGAAGGGAAAAGAAAAUAAAUAUCUUGUUUCUUUCUGCUGGCUACAUGUCACUCAGCGGUCGANAAUGUAGUUACACAGAAACACCGGAGGGACUCGACCACAAAAUGGCUGUCAACUAUUACUCCCGAAUACGCUUUACCCUGAAUCUUAUGCCCGAACUCACAGCCGCUGGAAGAAACCACGAAUUAUCACGCGUCUUGACUGUCCUUGCAGCAGGAUCAGAAGCUGACAUUGACUUGGACGAUAUGGAUCUCAGGAAAAACUACACCCUGCAUGCAUGCCUCUCACACUGUGUUAUGAUGACGGACUUCAUGAUGGAAGAAUUGGCCAAAAGAUAUCCGCAAACGUCAUUCAGUCAUUCCUACCCUGGUACUGUCAAGUCGGGAAUCACGAAUCAACUCACCGGACCUAUCAGGCUUGGGGUCAAGGUACUGUAUUCGGUCAUGACACCCUGGAUCUUGAAUUUCCGAGAAAGCGGCGAGAGACAUCUCUUCCAGAUCACUAGCUCAAUGUACAAGGCCAGAGAUGGAGUAGCUGGAAUACCGCUAAACGGGGGUCUGGACAUUGCUGUUGGUAUAGAUGGANCAAAGGGGACUGGAGCAUAUUUGCUCGAUUGGGAUGGUAGGCCAGCAGGCGACAUGGGCAUCCUUGCAAGAUACCGUGAAAAGAACGCCGGACCGAAGAUAUGGGAGCACACCAUGACGGCCAUCAAAAAGNCAACGUCGAAGAAGAGAAUGGCUGACGACGAUGAGAAAGAGGAGCAGAAGCGUAGAGAGCAGCAUGCAGCUGGUGCUCCGAACUUGGCUGGGUGGAGGGCUGGUUGA